UCUUCUUUCGGGGACUGGAAAGAACAAAAAAAAUUAGGCCCGAUGUGAAAAUUGGGUUUUGGCCGGAAAAGCGGUAUUUAUUUUCAGGGCAAAAGAGCAGAGGGGAAAGUUUUGAAGUUUUGCGAAGGUAGUGUGGUGAGAGACGUCGUGAACGACCAUGGGAAGCAGAAUGGGAAGAAGGGUGGUGCAGUUUGCAAACCUACCCAUAAAACUUUUGAUGCCCAAAACCUUCACCAACAUCCAAGAAAUUGCACUGAAGACCAUUCCUUCCGCUUCGAAGAUCGAAAUCAAGCGUGUUCUUGAAUCCCUCUACGGGUUCGAGGUCGAAAAGGUUCAGACAUUGAACAUGGAGGGUAAGAAGAAGAAACGGGGCGGCUUGUUGAUCGCCAAACCCGAUUACAAAAAGGCUUAUGUCACUCUCAAGAACCCGCUCUCCAUUUCGCCCGAUCUCUACCCGAUCCGAAUCAUCGAGGAGGAUAAGAAGAGGGUCAACAAGCAAACCACGUCCAGCGUCGUCGAGGAAGACACCCACGCCAGGAGUCACUGGCUCGAUGACAGGAAAGAGUCCCAGCAGCCCUUCAGGGCCCAACGGCCCUUCCGGGCCCAAAAUCAUGGGCGUUUGGGCCGCCGCGAGAGUGUCGAUGAUGCCAAGUUCCCCUGGUCCAGCAUGAGGUCUGGUAGUAGUUGUACUCGAUAAUUGAUGUUGUUGUUGUUUUCUAGGUGUUGGUUGUAGCUGUUAACAUAUUUUGUCUGUUGAGGUGUAACAGAAAUGGUGUAAGGUGCGAUGGAUUUCGAUGGGUUUUUUUCAUUAGUGGUGAUUAUGCUAAUAAAUUUUCUUCUUAAACUCGGUUGAUUUUGAUUGAGUAGAACCACAUGUUUCUACUUAUGGGAAUCCUUGCCUUGCAAAUUCUCAAGAUUUUGAAGUGAAGUAGAAAUGCACACAGUUUUUCCUCCUCCCUCUCAUUGCCCGCACCCCACGCCUACAAUUUGUUUUAUGCUAGCUACUUGUUAAACACUUAUAGAGACGAAUUUGGAUACAGUUCUGUUUUAUAUUGUUCUCUUAUCAGAAUUGAAGUUGUAUUUCGGUAACUUGCAUCAUAAAAGUCUGAAUCAGAAGAUUUUGCAGAUUAUCAAGUUGGCUUUGUAUAUGCUGCUUCAAAAUGUGAGGAAGUGCUUGCAAAGAGAAGAACAAAAGCACCUGGGAUCUGCCGAUGGAAAAUAUUGAAUGAAAUGGCUUGCACUUGCAUUUCAUCACGGUAUGGAGACACUUUAUGUAUACAAAUAUCUUCUGACUAAGUAACUAUGGUAUAUUUAAAUAUUACCAAACUUGUAUAUAUGGAGUCCCUACUCGUAAAAGAAAAGUUUACCAAUUUUGUUCGGAA